AUGGGAGGGAAAGCGUUCAAAAAUCUCCAGCCUUCGGCCUUCCCUCGCAUGCCCCCUCCCGUAUACCGCGAUCUGAAGGCCCGUAUUCAGACAACGCUAUCCAAGCUCUACGAACUCGUUCAAGUCCCCAUCGAAGCGCCAGAGAAGAAAGACUAUGGUGAUCUAGACCUCAUUGUCGCGCAUCCCAAGCAGAAGCCAGAGCUCGCAGCAGACAACUCCGAUACCGUGUCUCCAGAUAUCGUGCACGCAGCUAUAGGCGCGAGGCACUCAAUAUUCAUGGGCGGGUAUCGUACAUCUAAUUAUGCUGUACCAAUCGCCCCUGGGCAAUGGGCCACCUUAGGGUGCGGAAGCAAGGAGGAGGAAUGCCGCCUGCAACUGAAGAUGGAUCUCUUAGCUAUCAAAGACGAAGAAGACGGAGAAGAGAUCGAGAAAGACGGAGAACUAUAUUACCAAGUCGAUGUACACGUCUGCCCCGACGAAGCUGAGUGGAAGAGGAACGUAUUCUUCAACUCUCAUGGUGAUAUGGGCAUGAUCCUGGGCGUCAUCAUCCGUAAUCAUGGCUUGCAUCUUGGGGUGCACGGCCUGAAGAUGCCCGACCCACCAAAUAGCCCGCUUCACUUGUCUGAUGACUUCAGUGAUAUACUGCGCUUCAUGGGGAUUUCCGCGACAUUGCCAUUGACCAGCUUCGGCACGCGACAGGAAGUCUUCCGUUGGAUAGCAGGGAGCAGGCUAUUCGAUCCUACUCGUUUUCGAUCCACCGGUACUGGGUUUUCCAAAGUCAAGCAAGAGCGAGCCAUGUAUCACGACUUUGUCCGGUGGGCCGAAGAACUGUCCAAAGUUGAUGUAGGAGGAACCAGGACAAAGUUCCGGCCUCGCGGUAAUCAUCAAGAGGUCCGCAGCGAGGCUCUAGAUUUCUUCAGCAAACGGGAGGCCUUUGAAACCAGAGCCGCAGAACAGGCCACACGCACUCGACUGAAGAGCGUAUGGUCUGGUCACCAAGUUCGGGAUUGGGCUAACAUGGGGGAACAUUGGAAGGGCGUUAAGUUGAUUAUGGACGCCGUCCGCGCCGAGUUGGGAGGCGAUGCUGGGAUACUACAGACGAUGGAUAAGGAGGGCGAAAAGUUCUUACGGUCAAAGGUGAUUGAGACACGAGACCGGCUCGGUUUGAUUCCGUCCAGCGAGGUCAUUGUUGAUGCAUCUUCGAAAUAA